UUACAUUAUGCAGCAUCACAUGGUCAUGUUUCCACAGUGGAAUAUCUUCUCACUUCUGGACAUUCGUUGGAACCAAGGAAUAAUGAUGAUAACACACCAUUACAUUAUGCAGCAUCACAUGGUCAUGUUUCCACAGUGGAAUAUCUUCUCACUUCUGGACAUUCGUUGGAACCAAGGAAUAAUGAUGGUGCAACACCAUUACAUCAAGCAGCAUUAUAUGGUCGGGUUUCCACAGUGGACUAUCUUCUCACUUCUGGACAUUCGUUGGAACCAAGGAAUAAUGAUCAAGAAACACCAUUGCACUCAGCCUGUGGACGAGGCUCGCCGGAGGCUAUAGAAUUUCUGCUUCGAGCGGGUUCAGAUCUUCUCGCCUUGACAAUUGACAACAGGACAUGUCUGGACAGUGCAGUAGCAAGUGAUUACAGCUUUUGGGCUGAGCCUGCGGCUAGACUAAGGGCAAUUAUCCGCUAUCUUGAGAGCAAGUACCCAGAGGAGCAGAAGAAGGUAAUGGAAAUUAUUCGACGUGCCGCUGCCAAGGAGACUGCUGACCCUCACAACCGUCGUUUUCUUCAGACUUACCUUCAGCUGGAGGAAUUUUAUUCCGAAGGCCAAGUGGACGCUAACACUCUAGUUGUUCUAGUUAGCGGGGAACAACUUGUUGGGAAGUCGACACUGAUCAAGACAUUGAGAGAAGAAGGAAACAACGGCACAUCAAACGACUCGAAACGAACCCGAGGCAUCCAGAUGUCCAACUUCACUGAUAAUCUUGGUCAGCAUUUGCGUAUCAAAGAUCUCGCUGGGCAGGACGCGUUUUCAGCGACACACGACAUUUUCUGCCUAUCCACAUCAGUACCAAGCCUCGGUCUUGCUGUUGUCAAUAGUAAAUGGGACGAGAAACUGAUUACAACAAGCAUAACCACCACAGUUGGUCGGUUUUUGAGCCGGAGGCCACCAUCGGUAACAUCAGACCAGCCGUUCAAUGUCAUGAUCAUUGCGACCUUCCGCGACGAGAUCAAGAGAGAGGAUCAUGGAAAACUUGCUGCAAAGCUUGCCACAAGCUAUAGUAGUGUCGAGAAGGAGUUUGGUGAUAAACUCCACUUUCGAGGACGCUUUGCUAUCAAUGCCACCGUCAAUGACGCAGACUUCGAUCGCUUGAGAGUAAAACUUUCUGAGGUCUGCAGAGAUAUCCUGAGCAAAUCUCCCAAGCAACCCAAAGUGCUCGGGCAGGCAGAGGAAGUACUGGCACAACUGCAUGACAACAUCCGAGAGCCAUUCUCAACAAGUCGGGAGUUCUCUCGACAGCUUUGUGCUGCUAGCCACGUAGAGUAUGAUGACGAUGAUGACGAUGAAGAUAGCAUCUACACCGAACAAAUCCGUCGAUAUCGCAAGAUCCUCAAUGCGUAUGGGCUGAUUGUUUCUUUCUCAUCACCUGAGCUGGACGACAUCAUUGUUAACCGACCCAACUGGUUGCUCUCCAAGGUCAUUGGUCUCAUUUUCGCACCACCUGGGCUUGAUGACGAAGAUAUGCUGCACUUCAUAGAUGGUGUUGCGAAGGUCCAGGAAGUCCUUGGCAAGCUUAACAGCUGCGAGGGAGCAGAAGGUCAGGGCCCUCUGCUGCUGCAGAUGGUGAUACAACUAGGUGUAUUGCUCCAGGAGAAAGGAAGGAUCCUGGCACCCAGCCGUCUUCCGACCGCUGACAACUGCCUCGGCUCACUGGCCAAGAAAGAUUCAUCAUCUCGGUCGGCGUGCGCAGGAGUCUCUUUCACGACUCAGCACUGCUUCUCCACUGCUCUUGUUAUCCGGCUACAGACAGAGCUGUACGCCUAUUUCCACGAGCUUCACGGCAUUCCUGCUGAGCUCUGGAAGAAUCUGGUGGUAGUGGCUCCUGUCCAUUCUACAGCCCGUGGUUGCAUCUCCGUCACGGACAGCCUGCGCCAAGCUGUCGCUGUUGUCCAUGCGCCCGUUGAAGAUACGCUAGAUGGCUAUUGUCUGCUGGCUCUGUUGCGCAAGGUGUUUGGUGACCUAGCAGCACAGUAUAGCCCGGGUACUAGCUACUCCACAAGCAUCCUCAGCUCUGCUUCCAUUCGUCAGCACCUCCACGAGCCAAGCGACAAGUUUGAUUUCGCUGUGUACGACGCAGAGGACGUCCGAUCAUCCGUAGCAACAAAGGGUCAUCUCUCCACUAGCCAACGUGACGUUGAUCGUGCCCCGCUUCUUCUCGAAUGGCCGGUCAACCAUGCUUCACUGCUCUCUGCAAAGUCCUUUGAGUCCAUCCGAGAAAGCCUUGGUGAGUCCGACCUGCCUGCGCUAGCCACCUGCCUGGGCCUUACAUCAUCAUCUUCAUCACGUGGGCACAGUAAUCAUCUACACGCUGCAGCAGCAUUGGUCCACAGCUGGGCAGUUACCGACUACCAUCACACCUCGACCAAGCUUCACCAGCUGCUAGUGAAAUCACCGAACGCCCAGCGCUUUGCAAAGAUCUGCAAGGUGCUACGGCAGCAUGAAGAACUGCUGGCGACCGAUUUCCCAGAUAUAUUCCGGAAGCGUCGGGUGCAAGCCGUCCAGCCGGUCUCUGCCGGAGCUAUUUCCUCGACUGUUCAGUCAGACUCCGCGGAGAGCGUUUCUUCUGGCAGCCAGUCACACUCUGAUCAAGCCAGUCAGUCCACUGCUGCUCGCCAAGAUGAUGCUGGCCAUGCUGAGCAUCACGCUGGUCAUGGAAGCUGUGGGAUUUUCCUAUCCACUUCACCACUCCAUGCCAUGUGGUCAACGGACGAACGCAUUGCAAACCUGUACGAAGAGGAUGAAGCGGAGCUCUCUGAAGAAACAGACUCGGCAGAGAGCGUUCCUUCGAACAGCCAGUCACACUCUGAUCAAGCCAGUCAGUCCACUGCCGCUCGCCAAGAUGAUGCUGGCCAUGCUGAGCGUCAUGCUGCUCAUGAAACCUGUGGUACUGUCCUACCCACUUCACCACUCCAUGCCAUGCGGUCAACAGACGAACGCAUUGCAAACCUGCAUGAGGAGGAUGUAGCGGAGCUCUCUGUACAAACAGAGACGUUCUUGAAGAACCCAUUCAAACAUGCCAUCUUCAUUAAUGAUAUCCACAUCUGGCUGCAAUCACUAGAUGCUGCCAGCCUACGUGGCAAAGCGCAGAAGUACGGAUUCUUUACGGAUCUUGCUCGGAUCGACAGGCUCGCGCUCACUGAGAGAAACCAUGGUAACGAACCCCACAACCGUGAGCUGCUGGCUAUCAUCAUGGCACAGGAACGUGAUGGCUACAUCAACCUGUGCAAGAUGGUCAAGGAAUUCGGACUGUACACAACGCGUCUUGAGCAGAUGAACAGUUUGCUGACGGAGAGUGAUCAAGUCUAACCAGGUUACAGGUGUCUGCACUCUCCAACCAGGUCAUCGUUGUCAUGGUCACUGAGGCCAGAGUCGGAACAGUGUCUGAUGUCUUCCAUUAUCAAUCAGUAGUCAUGCUGGCUAGAAAUUGGCCAUUGUGGCAAUUUGUUGUUUACUCUUUCACUUGCAUAAUGUCCUGCAUGUUUGUACAACAAUCUUUCUCUUGUUUACCUCAGUAUUACAGAGAAUUAUGGAUUUUGCGUUUAUGUUCACUGACAUUUUCACUCGUCUUUUUCAAGUCUUUUUUAUGAAUGUAUGUGUUUGUGAGUGUAUGUGUAUGUUGAAUGUAUGUGUGUGUGUGUGUGUGUGUGUGUGUGUGUUUGUUUGUAUGUGCAUGUGCACUUAUUGCCGCCUACAAAAUUUGCCUAGCUAUUUUUGUAGCACGAUGUGCUUGUGUGUAAUGCCAUUUCACUUGCUAUUCUUCUUCGUCAUCAAUGAUGUCCAUGUGUGUAUUUGCCCUGAAGUUCCCGUUCGGCUUGCUUUUAGUACUACAACGUAACAGAACACACUGUCAUGGUUGUUUGCAUGUUGAACAGUUCGACUUGUUUUUAUCCAUCAUUUCUGAUCACAACAUGCUUUGUGCAUUUCACUGCAGCUUCACUUGCUUGUCUCCAUCAUUACCUCAUGGAAAUAUGUAUGUGUGCGUGUGUGCAUUGCGAUGUCACUUUUUUUUUACUUUUUUUUUUACAUGACACAAUUAUCAUGUUUGUGAACUACAGCACUGCAGUUUCGCUUGUUAUUUUUCUCAUCACUAAAGCACAGAAUUUGUUUGUGUAACUCGCAGUUUCCCUCUUUUUUACCCAUCAUUCCAGACCCCAGUGAGCUUUUUGUCAUUGUUAUUCCCUUGCUAGCCUACAUCACUACCGACCUGCAAUAUGAUUGCAUGGGUGUGUGUGCAGUGAUGUUUUCAUUUGUUUUCUGUGACAGUUACACAACAUGAUGUGUUCGUGUACACUGCUGUUUCGCUUGUAUCAUUUUUCUUAUCACUACAGCACAGAAUACGUGUGUGGCUGGGUGUGUGGAAUGAUCAUGCACUACCUUUAUCCAUGAUGUGAGAUCACAGUGUGGUCUUUGUGCAGCUCAUCACUGUUUUCAUUGCUAUUUUCGUUGCUUUUUCACUGCCAGCUGUUUUCGUUGCAUUUUCACUGCCAGCUGUCUUCGUUGCUUUCUUAUUGCCAGCUGUUUUCGUUGCUUUUUUUGUUACUUUUCGCCUCUAGUAUUCUACAUGGUUGGAGUCGGCAAUGUAUUUUCAUGCUCUGCUGUUUUCUGACUUUGUUUUCUGUAUCAGUAAGGAACACACUUUGUCGCAACUGCACUUUACUUUGCAUGCAUUUUUAUUACAGCACAGAAUGUGUGUGUGUGUCUGCACUGAUCUUGCACUUGUUUUCCUUAUCAUUGCACAACAUGAUGCGUUUACACUUUGCCAAGGUUUACACCAUGUACCACUGCUGCAAUUGCCUUGCCGGAUCAUUACGUCAUUACGUCAUUACGUCAUUACGGUACACAACUUGUUGUACGGUGCACUGCACUUUCGCUAUUUUCAUCAUCAUUAUUCGGAAGUCUUGUUUUUGUUAUCCAUACGGAGACCCGACCUUCACAGUGUGCCUGUGUGCUG